GCCCAAUACUUCCUUUAACUGAGGCUCUUAGCGAGCAUCAACGAGCGUCAGAUCUUUUAGCGAGCGAAGCGAGCUACGCUCCUGCCCGUCGCCGCCCAACCUCCUCUUCGCGAGCGGAGCGAGCAGGGUAUCGUUUGUUGAUGAUUGAUGGAUUAACGGGUCGAUGAAGGUUGAUGAAGGGUCGAUGAUGGUCGUUGUGGUUGAUGGUUGAUGGAUGAUGGUCGAUGGUGGUUGAUCGUUGAUGGACGGUUGUUGAUGGGAAUCAUAAAUGACCCUCAUGACCAAGGGAAAGGUGGCGGGUCGAAAGUGCUAAAGGCGAUAUCAUUGGGCGAAAGCUCACCAGCGCCGCCACCAACGAGCAUCCGAAAGAUCCAGAACAACGAGUUUGACCCUUACAUCAAGUCCCUCGGAGACGUCUAUAACAAAUACCAGCUGAACAGAGCUCUAGGGUUGCAAAACGCCAUAGAAGGAACUCCAAUCCUCAGUCUUGGAAUGGAUGCAGCGUCCCCGUCUUUCGCCAACUUGGACGAGAUCACGUCACGGCUGGGCCUCGCUCCAGCGGGAAAGAAAGGCCAACCUGCGGGAAGCCCCAGCCGUCCAAACCUCCGUCCAUCAAACGCACCUGCGCUGGAAACGGUACCAAAGAUCUUCAUGGAGUCUGACUUUACACUCAGCAACCCACAUACCUUUGCAGUCGUGUGUGAGAAUGGGGACAUCACCUCGCCUACGAAUGCGGGCUCGACCACGACCAAUGGCAUUUUACAGGAGAAACUCUCCCACUAUCUAGAUACCGUGGAAGUGCAUCUCCUCCGCGAAAUCUCGCGACGUUCGUCCUCCUUCUUUGCGGCGUUGGCAAACCUACAAGCACUCCAUCAGGAGACGCAGUCCUGCGUAGCACAGAUUGGGGCCCUGCGGAAGAAGCUGAGCAACGUCAGUCGCACCAACGCGAAGCAAGGGGUGGAGGUGGUACGCCUGAAGAGGCGGCGAGGGAACAUUGGGGUAUUGUACGGGGUAGUUACCCUCGUAGCCGAGGUACGGCAAACGCAGCCAAUGAUACAGCUCUUGCUGGAACAGAGGGACUACGUGGCAGCGUUGGAUAUGAUCGAGCAUACAAGCACGAUCUUACGAGGCUCAGAUGCCGGCCGUAAAGGUGCCGAAGAAGGCAUAGAGCGCUCAAACCUCACCGAGGGCGUGCAACUAGUCCGUCGCUCCUCCGUCGUCUCCCAGAACCUAGACCUGAGACGCGUCCGAGCACUAGGAAGCUUCAGCGCCCAACUCCUCAGCCUAUCCCGGACGAUUGGCGCAACCAUGGAAGCCGAGCUUGUAAAUAUCAUUCUCUCCGAUGUUCAAGAAACGAUAGCCACGAUGGACGCGUCAAAGACGUCGGCGCGGAUCAGAGGCGCGCCGGCAGCUACGUGGGUGAAGAAUAUGUUGAAUAGCACGUAUUCGUAUUCCGUCGGCACACCUGUGGCGACGACGAUUGAUACGGCGUUCAUUGCGGGGGAGGAGCGGCUCAAGACAAGGCUGUUGCCGCUGGUAUUAGGGCUGCUACGGAUGGAUAGGUUGGGGAGCGCUAUGCAGUCGUAUAAGGACGCUCUGCAUAAGGAAAUCAAACUUUUGUCGAAGAAGUACUAUCCGUCAACCGCAGGGCAGGAUGUGCUAGGCAUGUCUCCCGUGACCCCAUUUUCCCCAAACUCCGACAAGAACCCACAGCAGAGUGCUCUCGCCCGACUGCUCCGCUCCCUCUCCUUCGAAGCAUUCUAUGACCUCCUCCUCAUGGUCUACAUCUCCCUCCUGCACGUCAUCCAACGGGUCAGCAUAGCCCACGAAAUAAUCGUGCAGAUCGUGAAAGAGGCCCAGGACCGCGGCGUCGUCAUCGGAGCAGACAGCGCGAAAGGCCUCGACCUCCAAUCCGCCGACACGCCUCCGACCCACCCCAACAAACUCCGGAAGAACCUCAGCGAGGAUGAGGACGAGUUGGGCUCCACCGCCACGCUCGACAUCGAUAACCCUGCACUCGGGAUGGGCAGCGACCCGAGAGACGCGUUAACCCAGUCGACGGAUGUCUUGGACGCUGGCACCUCGUCAACGUACGGGCAGAUCAUAUCGGAAUCGUCCGACGUGUUGUUCUCCGCGUGUGAUCUGACCCAUGCGCGGUGCGCGAAACUGAUUGGCGUGCGGUCGGAUCAGAACGCGCAGUUGAGCCCCGGCGAUUUCUUCAGGUUGUUUGGAGCGACAUGGGAGUUUGUAGUUGGGGGGGAGAGUCUGUGUGGGAGGAUGUGCUUUGGGUUGAAGGGGACGAUACUUUCGCAGGCGAAAGCAUUCAUCAACCGCUUCCAUGAAGACAAAGCCAAACAAAUCGCGCACAUCAUCGAAACCGAGCAAUGGGCACAGGCCGAAGUCCCUUACGACUUCCAAGACAUGGUCAACCAAUACUUCCAAAGCACCUCCCCCAUCACCCUCGAUGGCAGCGACGAAUCCCUCAACCGCCGGCUGUCCGACGAUGAGGCGGUCACACCCAGCAGCGCGUCGUCCCCCUCCACAUCUGCGCAGAAACUGGAUGCGGCGUCGAGAACGCAGCAGUAUUUGAUGAUUGAUAGGAGACGAUAUAACGUUGUGACGUGUGUGUUGCUCUUUUUGAAGAUGUUGACGGAGUAUAUGCAUUGUAUGGAGAGUAUCCCGACUUUGACGACUGAUGUGCUGAAUCGGAUUGCCGAUGCUUUGAAGCUCUUCAACUCGAGAACCUGUCAAGUGAUACUGGGAGCCGGCGCGAUGCGGUCGGCGGGGUUGAAAAAUAUAUCUGCCAAGCAUAUCGCAUUGACAGCCCAGGCCCUCGGGGUCGUGAUCGCCAUCAUCCCGCACAUCAAAGACGGGAUUCAAAAGUUCUUGCCGCCGAAGCAGCAUGUGCUUUUGGGGGACUUUGAUCGGUUGUUGCGGGACUACAAAGACCAUCAAUCGGAACUAUACACCAAACUCAUAUCCAUCAUGGAGGAGUUCUGUAUCACUCAGUCCGAACGGUUGCAGGCAAUCGACUGGGAUAACCCGGACCCAGCCCUGUUCUCCCAAACAGAAGGCGCCAGCGUGCCCAUGCUCGAGAUCGUCAAACAGACCGUGACGCUACAUAAGGUGCUUGCGCGGUAUUUACCGCAGGAGACGAUGAAGAACGUGCUACUGGGCGUCUUUAAGGCCUACAAUCAGUGUAUUGGGGACAAGCUCAAAAACGUGGAUCUGUUCACCGGGGCGGGGAAGAAUAGACUCUUAAUCGACGUGCAACACCUCAUCCAAAAGCUCUCCGCACUAGACGGCGUCGACGGCCCCGGCACCGCCCUCGAAGUCGCCGUCAACAACAUCAAGAUCAAGGACCGGCGCACGGCGGCCGCACCGCCGGGGACUAGUAACCCCAAUAAUCGUGGGGGAACACCCACCCCGCGGUCGUCGUCGGAACAAACGACUAAUACUACCCAGUCCCCGCAAUCGGCCACGGCGGCGGCUGCAAAUGCGGCGGCUAAUGCGAAGAAGGGGAAUUUCGCGUCGGCGUUUGGGAGUAUGUUGAAGAAUAAGAAUGCCGGGUUGCCUGGGGCCGGGUAAGGUGGGGAAGGGACUGGUGGGGGGGUUAUGUAUUUAUUUUAGCUUCGGGGCUUUUUUUUUUUGGAGUGUGAGGUUCGGGUUUGAUGACUUUCUAGAAGUGUUGUUAAAUUGAAGCAUGGCUGUCUGUGCAGCAAGCGUGUUGCUGCAGCGAGGGUGUUGCUACAUUGUCACGAAGCACAUGCUCGAAUCAU